AUGAUGAUUUCCCCAGUGAGACCAGCACCACCAAGGUUGAGAGCAACAUUUGAUGGGAAGCCUGAAAAACUUGCUUAUUUCCUCAGCCGAAUCUGGGCACAUAUAGAUCAAUAUGGAAACCAAUACAAAACAGAGCGCGACCUAGUUUCCACAAUCACAGAUGGGAUGAAUGAAGCUUCCACCUGGAUAGCCCAGCUACACAAUAAGGAAGCUGUGGAGCUAAAUGAUGAAGAUGGAUUUGUUGAGCUGCUCUGGGCUAGAUUUGAAGACCCUGACAGAGUAGGUGAAAAUGAAGACAAAAUAAAAGUUAUGAAGCAAGGAAUUAUCAAAUACUACCAUUCUGGUCAAGUGGGUCAUCGUGCUUCUGAAUGUCUGGCCCCUGCACUGGUUCUGCAACCAAGGCCCAUUACAGCUUCCAAAGGCAGCAAAGCCCCACGGAAGCCCCCAGACACCAGUAUAAUUGUAUUUAUUGCUGAAGAUAAAGAAGAGCAGCAGUAUGAACAUAACUGUUUACUGGAGGAAUCAGAUGGUGUUCAGUACUCUCAGAGAUCAUCAACAGAGAAGCUUGAAACAAGCAAAGGGGCAAAUAAUGAGUACAAGUCUUCAUGCUGCAAAGUGUGGUUCUCCUUGGAAAUACAUAGUAUGCCAGCGCAGCCAGAAAAAACUCUGGAUGUGGAAUGUGCAGUUUUGGAUACUAUUGACAUUGGAAUUCCAAUAACUAAUCCUACAGAUGAUGUUCUGGAAUUAGAUGUAGAAUUAAUAGAUGCUAUUAUACUCAGUGGUGAAAACAAGUUUGUUCUUGAACCGAAAGAAAUGUUAUGUUAUGAAGUAAAGUAUUCUCCAGCUACCACUGGCCGUAUGGAUGGAAGUGUUAUAUUUACAUCAGAGAAAUUAGGAGAGUUUUGGUAUGCAUUGAAGCUGAUUGGACAGAUGCCUCAUCCAAUAAGAUUGCCUGAAAUAGAAUGUGAACUUGGAAAGUGGGUCAGCCAGCAUAUUCCUCUGGUUAAUUCUACAUAUGAAAUUCUAGAAUUGGAAUAUGUGAACAGCAAUCCAGGCCAUUUUUCAAUGGAGAUUGACCCCAAAACCAAAUUGACUGUUGCUCCUCAUUCCACUACUGAAAUAUCAGUUCUGUUUUGUCCAUCUGCAUUAGGAAGAACAAAUCACACUGCAAGCAUAAUUUUCAAAUGCCCACAGUUUGAGGAAUGGAUAUUUUACUUGUCGGGUAUUGGUCGGAUACCUCAACCAAUGGAACCAGCUAGUGUCAGUUCUUGUCUUGGUCAGCAUUCUUCUAUCAUUGUAAACUUCAAGAAUCCUACAUUUGAAGAAGUUGUGGUAGAUAUCAUUUUAACAGAUCGAGAUCACAUCACAGAUUAUUAUCAUGCAACUCCAUGCCACCAUUCCAGUAAAGACAGUAUAUUCUGGCUUCCACUGAAGGAAAAACAAGGAAUAAUUUUACCUCAAAAAAGCAAGCUUGAUAUUCCUAUAUUAUUUGCCCCUCUUUCUAUGAAAUUCUAUGAAACUUUUCUUGUUAUUGAAGUUAAGAAAAUAGAUGAAGAAAACUGGAUUUAUGAUGACACAUUUGAAUUAAGGGAAGCAGUAAACAGCCAAACUGUAAUAAUAAAGGAUGAAGAACUUAAAGGACUUCGUUGGAUCUACCCAAUUUAUGGAAUUCCUGAAGCUCCACCUGAUGAAUCAUCUCCAGCUGUUGUAUGCUGCCGUGCCUGCAGUAGAUUGGAGGAAAAGAUAGAAGUGCUAUUAACUGGUGUGGUUCCUGGGACAACUGCUUCACAAAUACUCCAAGAUACUGCAAUGUUAACUCUUUCUCAGAGCAAGUCAUUCCCAAUUAAUGAUGAAGUUCAAGUUACUGAUGGAUUCUCAACAACAGAUGAAUUUAUGUAUGAAAUUCAAUUUGAAUCUGAAAGAAUGAAUUCUCAUCUGAAAUCUGCAAUAGCUAUAAACUUGGUAAAGAAAGAGCGAGAUCUGAAAACUGGAAUUGUGACUUUGAUCUUUAACAUAAUAUUUACACCCUACAAAUCAAUGAGGAAUCCAGCAACUUUGGUGGUACAGCAUAGCACAGGAGGCAUUUGGAAAUUUCCAAUAUUGUUUGUUGCUACAGAUCCAGAAGUAGAUGAUGUUAUUAAUAUUGAAACAAUUGGUUUAAAUAAGGAAUCUGUAGUCAGCUUUAAGCUUACAAGCCAAACAAGAUACCCAGAGCCUUACACAGCAUACUUUCUACCAGGCAGUGAUCCUGAAUUCACUGUAUCUCCUCAAGCUGGGGAGCUUCUUCCACUUGACACAGCAGGAACCUGCAUUACUGUUGGAUUCAAGCCUAGUAUGUACAGCAAAAAACACAAAGCAACUCUGGUAAUAAAGACUGCAGCAAUCGAAUGGAUGUAUGAAAUUAAUGGUCUACUCCCAAAGACUAUCCCACCCAGUUCUUUAGCAAAAGUAAUUUGCAGAAAUAUGUACAUCAGAUCAGCAACAGUGCGACAGCGCAACUUUGUACGGGAAAAUAUGAAAGUCUUAUCCACCAGCAUGUCCCCACCAAUUAAAGGGGCACCUCUCAUUUUAAAAACAAAAUAA